UAAAUAAUUAGCAGUUUCACUUCCGUAUUUUGGAGCUGCUGCUGCUUCCGUGUGCAGUUUCAUCCACCGGUCGGUCCAUCGCUGCCUGUAGGAACCAAGUCUCCACAAUGCGCUCGAUUCCCGAGGAGUUAACGACGCUCAUUGCAGAUCUAGAGAAUUUCCUCUGUGAUGGAUUAAAAGGGGAAAAUCUAAGCAAGAAGGCGAAGGAGAGGAGGGAAGGCUUCAUCAAGCGGAUUAAAGAGGUCAAAUUGGGUUUCCCACAAGAUUUCAAGGAAAAAAUAGGUGGAGAUGACUCAGACGAUGAAGAGGAAGUUGACAGCAACAACGAUGGAGGGUCGCUGCUGUCUGAGCGCACAGACAAGGAUGAAGAUGCUUGCGAAGGUGCUCAGCAGUCCCCACCUGUGGCGGCUCAGGACCUGACGUCUGUCUUUAAAGCAGGAUAUCUUGAGAAGCGCAGAAAGGAUCACAGCUUUUUUGGCACAGAGUGGCAGAAGAGAUGGUGUGCUCUAAGCCACAAUACCUUCUACUACUAUGGCAGUGAGAAAGACAAGCAGCAGAAAGGGGAGUUCAAUAUCGAUGGGUAUACUGUCAAAAUGAACAACACCCUACGGAAAGACUCAAAGAAAGACUGUUGCUUUGAAAUUUCGGCUCCAGACAAGCGAGUCUAUCAGUUUUGUGCGUCAUCAGCGAAAGAGGCGGAGGAAUGGGUGAAACAGAUAGACUUUGUUUUGAAAGAUAUGACCGGCAUCAUCCCAGAGGAUGAAGAGGAGGAACAGGAAGUGUACGACGAUGUUGGAGCUAUUGAUGAAGACAUCUAUGAAGAGCUCCCAGAGGAUGACAUGCCCACUCCAGCAAAGCCGACUCCAGCAAAGCCUCCUCCGAAGGUGGAGCCAGCGAGCAAACCAGCUCCUCCGGCUGCAGUUGAUAAGAGCACAGACUACCCCAACUUCUACCAGGGCUUAUGGGACUGUACAGGGGACCUCCCAGAUGAGUUGUCCUUCAAACGUGGAGAUGCCAUCUACAUCCUGAGCAAGGAGUACCAGAACUUUGGCUGGUGGGUCGGAGAGAAGAAUGGAAAUGUAGGAAUUGUCCCCAAAGACUACCUGAUGGAGCUUUACGCUCUAUAAAUACACCCUGUGACCACUCCCAUGUUCACUGUGAGAGAUGGAUGAUUGGAUUUUCAUAUGACUGAAAUACAUGUUUAAGAGCAUUUUUCUACAGUACCUGCACUUUGCACUGCUUGUUUGUAUUUAUUUUCUAUCCAAGAUACAGUUUUUCCACAACACAAUUUCAUGCUCUGCUUUUGGUAAAUUUGAUAUUUGCAAAUGGCAAAGUCAAUAAAGAUUUAAACAUCAGAGUAUUCAUUUUCUUUUU